AUGGAUGAUAAGAACCAGACAGCAGUGACUGAGUUUCAUUUUGUGGGCUUAACAGAUCAUUUUCCAGACAAGAUGAUUCUCUUCUUGAUCUUUCUGUUUGUGUAUCUUGUCACAUUGGGGGCGAACUUGGGGAUGGUUGCCCUGAUCUGGACAGAUUCCCGGCUCCACACCCCCAUGUACUUUUUUCUCAGCCACUUGUCCCUUGUGGAUGUUGGGUCCUCUUCUUCCAUUGCUCCAAAGAUGUUGUGGGACAUCUUUCUGGAGAGAAAAGUCAUCUCCGUCAUGGGUUGUGCUGCUCAGAUGUGGUUUAUUGGUCAGUUUGCAGUGACUGAGUGUUUCCUCCUGGCUGCCAUGGCGUACGAUCGAUACAUAGCCAUCUGCAACCCUUUGUUGUACACAGUCAUCAUGUCCCAGAGGGUGUGUGUGCAGCUGGUGGCAGGGCCUUAUGCCAUGGGCAUCCUAAAUGCCAUUACUCAAGAGACCUUCACGUUUUGCUUACCCUUCUGUGGUCCAAAUGUGGUGAACCACUUUUUCUGUGACAUUCUCCCUGUUCUCUCCCUGGCCUGUGCCAACACCCAGAACAAUAGGUUGGUUCUUUUCAUCAUGGCUGGAGCCAUCGUAUUGUUCAGUGGGCUGAUCAUCAUGGUGUCCUAUGUGUGCAUCCUGGUGGCCAUCCUGAAGAUCCAUACUGCUGAUGGGAGGAGGAAGGCGUUCUCCACGUGUUCUUCUCACCUGGCAGCUGUCUCCAUCCUCUAUGGAACUCUUUUCUAUAUCUAUGUUCUGCCUGGCUCAGGUUCCUCCUUAGAUAUCAAUAAAGUGAUUUCUCUGUUUUAUACUGUGGUCAUCCCCAUGCUGAACCCCCUCAUCUACAGUCUGAGAAACAAGGAGGUGAAAAAUGCAUUCAGGAGCAAGUUUGAAAGAAAAAUGCAGUAA